UUUCUUCUCACUUACUCGCAUGUAUGCUGUCAUUCAUAUCUUUUUUCUCUUACAUACAAGCUUCCCAAAUUUUGUGUUGGGUUUGUUUGUUUGUUUUUGUUUUGCUUCGUGUUUUGUGUCCGAGUAAGAAAUAUAUAAUUUAGUUUUAUUUAUUCUUCAAAUAAGGAUUAGUACCUACCAAUUUAUGAAAUUACAUUGAUAUCAGGUAAAUAACGUGGCGAAUAUUGGAGAUGCAUACGAAAUGCUACCAAAGAAACACAAGAAGCAUAAAAGAGAAAAGGGUGAAGAUCUUGUCUGUUUCAUAAAGAUAAACAAUUGAGCACGGAGAAGCCUGGUGGCCUGAAGUUGAUACUGAAGGUUGGCGGCAGUGGUGUGUCGACGCCGGAACACAGCAACGAUUCUGUGGCUUCGGGCUACGGACCCCCCCUACCCAGCGAAGACUCGUGUUCAAUGCAUUCGAUGACGUCACUCGUGUCGCCCCAUUCGAGGCCCGGCAUGCUCGCCCUCGACCCCCUUGCUGCCGCCGAGCAGCGACUGCACAAGAAGGCCAAGAAGAAAAAGAAGAAGAAGGAGAAGGACCGCGAGAAGAAGAAGAAGCAUCAUCAUAAAGAAAAGAGAAAGAGGCCGAGGGAUGAAUCGAGCCAGGAGGAUGUUAGCCUGGGAGAAGAGUCACUGCCUGAACCUCCCAAGCGGUUGGCGUUCGGUCACGAUAUGAAAGUCAGCCAAUCAUCCCCCGGGCACAAUGAUUCUCUUGGUGGAGUGGGUAGCCCCGGCCGCGAACCCAGGCUUUGUGUGCAACUACUGCGAAUGCGACAGGAGCAGAAGUCACCUCUCCAGAAACUUCUGGAACAUUUACAACGCCAGCUGGAGAAGAAGGACCCGCAGCAGUUUUUUGCAUGGCCUGUUACCGACCAAAUCGCUCCCGGCUAUUCGCAGAUAAUCCUACAACCGAUGGACUUCAGCACGAUGAAAUCGAAAAUAGACGACCAAAGCUAUGCAACUCUUACUGAAUAUAUUGAUGACUUCAAACUGAUGUGCGGGAAUGCAAUGGUCUACAAUCAUCCAGACACAAUCUACUACAAAGCAGCCAAAAGGCUCUUGCACGGCGGCAUGAAGAUUAUGAAUCUAGAAAAAAUUAAACAGUUGGCCCCAUCUUUAGCUUUCAUGUCACAAAUUCCCAGAGAUCAGUUGGGAUUUGAUUUGGGAGAGUAUAAGAUGAAAGAGGAACAUCAAGAAAUGGAUAUAGAUAUCAAAGAAGAAAGUCAAACAAACAUUGUUGAUAAUGCAGAAGAUAUGGAUCAAGACGGUCCAUCUACGCCGAUAAGAAAGGGCCCCAACUAUCUACCAGAUAGCAAAUUCGAAGCUAUUCCGGAUGACCUGACCCCGGAGGAGAUUCUUGAGCAAGCGCAGAAGGCAUCGAAGAUGGCCGCUGACAAGCUUUCGCUCAAAAAGCCCGAUACCAAGAUGGGAUUUUUGAGGCAAAAGAAAGAUGGCACAACUUCCCUGGCUAUUCUUGUGCCUGGAGAUGGCAUCGAUACGGCAAAGAAUGAAAGACCUGUCUCACUGGGACAACUGGUCGGCAAACUCACUCAUGGCUCUGGUACUCUGCACGGCUUCAAAGAGGACCGUAGAAAUAUCACAAAGACAGUGAAGCCUUUAUACUAUGGUGCGUUUGGAUCAUAUGCACCCUCCUAUGACUCAACGUUUGCCAACCUGACCAAAGAAGAGUCUGACCUUGUCUUCCAAACCUAUGGUGAUGAAACUUCGGUUCAAUAUGCUGAAAGCAUUCUGAACUUUGCCAAAGACUGUGAUUACACUCUGACGAUGGUGGAUAAUCUGCUUGACUUGCUGACUGGUGGCGAUCAUCGCAAAACUAAGAAAAUCCUAGAAGAGAAGAAGAAGUUCAGAGAAGAAGAGGAGAGAUUGAGACAGAUGAUGGAAGCAAAACCUAUUCCAGUGCCUCCAGCUAAUGUCAAGAUUGAAAUAUCUCAAUUAAAAACUCUUUCUGAUUUGGGUAUUGAAACAGAUUUCUUGGAUUACUUUGAACGAUCGUGGAAAGAGGAAUGCAUGAUGCAGGAUUGCCUGGACCAGACGAGUGUGCUGUUGGAAAAACUGCAGCAGGUGCAAAAUGACAGACUCAGCGCUCCCCCGCCUCCUCAUUUGAGCAAUGUAAUGCAGCCCUCAGAUCAAGAACUCCAGUUAGCCGAUAAGAUAACAGGAAGCCUGACCGAGUUGACGAAGCAAGUGAUGCCUGGUGCAGUGGCCCCCGUCGCUGCCAUACGAAAGGCCAUGGGCAUUGCCCCUCAGCCCCCUCCACCUGUCCAAAUGCCCCCCACCACCACACCCCACUCACCCCUGCAAACAGCCGCAGAACGACCGACGUCUGUCUGCCUGGAGACGAGUGGUGGCAGUGAAGAAGUGGGCACCAGCAGUGAGGACCCCGAGACAGGAGUCGGCGUCGACCUGGAGUCCGAGCUCAGAGAGUUUCUAGAGAGUGACACGGCGCUCAAUAGUUUCCCGCUGCAUGACGACAAAACCAUCGAGGAAAUGCUGUCUGAGUCAUGAACACCAGUCAGAUGAACGCUGCUUAUGUGGAGAACGUCUAUGACGAUUAUAAGUAGUUGUGAAUUCUGGUGAAAACAAUUCAAUGUGGACAUUAUUUUUAAAAGUGUAAUUGAGAAGAGAUAUAAUGUGGCUCUAAUAUUUUAUAUGUGUGUUGUGCUAUCUAUGUGAUGUUUCAAUUUUUCAAGUCAUUACACUCUACUUUUCAAAUAAUAAUAGUCGAAUAUUAUUCGCAGUAUUCAAUGA